AUUUCAUAUCUUGUAUGCUAUCAUCGUUACGUUUGUUGGUCGGAUGCAGCGGAAAUUAGAACAAUUACCUGGUCUUAGUAAUGUGACUGGGAAAUACACAAAAAAAUGUACAGAUGAACCAUACCCUCGUUUGUUUGUACGCAAUACGAGUGAAGGUAGGAAUGAUGUCACGAUCCAAAUGAAUAAAGUCAAGCCAGAAAGUUCGGGAGUUAAUUAUUCUGAUGUCUCAUCUCCUGUAUGGCCCUUGAAUGCCACAAAGUCUUCAACCACGCAACCCCGAUCGGACUUCGCCAAUAGCUCUGAUUACUUACCAGUGAAUCAUAAAUGUCCGAACAUUCAUGUUGCCAAACCUCAGUAUGUAACUCCAAAAUCGUCAACAACACACCAAUCUUUGAUGUCUAGUGGACCAAACAUGUCUUCAGGAGGAAAGGUGAGGCCUCAGAAGUCAAAUAUUCCUGUUAAGCCACAAGAUAUACAACGUACCAAACGAUAUAUGAAGGAAGUAGUGAAAUCGUCAUCAUCAGGAAGUGUGUCCGCACUUCAGUCUAAACCCACAGGUGUGAUAAUAGCUACUCCAUGUUCUCCACAGGUUAAUGAACAGGGUCUCACCAGGUCAUUCGAUAGUUUUUCUGUGAGUGGAAGAGUGGCUUCAUCUAGUUCAUUUUCCGGAAGUGAAGAAUCAUUUCAUACAGUCUCUGAAAGGGCGUCGUUUUUGAAUGGGAAAGAUUUUAGUCAAAGAUUGUUGCCUAGUCCAUGCAAUGUUCCAGGUUAUUCUUAUGAGAUAGAGGACAGGAUUCCUUCAACAAGAGAACAUUCACGUGACCGAUCGUCCAAUACUCAGCCACCAAAUUUACUGAAUGUUACGAAGAGCUCAUCUGGAGGUGCUAACUUUCAGCAGUGUUGUAAGAGAUUUUCAGAUGAUCAGGAGACUUGUCCGCUAAGAGAUGAACAGUUAUGCAAUAGAAUAGGUCGGAUGAAUCUCUCGGAUAAUGGACCGGCUGUUUCACCUAUGAGUAUCGGCAAUGACUCAUCAUUUCAGUCCGCAGAACGACUUAUUUCGUACUCUGGUAAUCAGGAAAAACAAGAUACGAGUGAAAUUAAGAGAAAACCCAUAAUACAACUCUAUGGUCUUCAACCGAGGCACGCCUCAUGGAAUGUUGGUUUUUCCAAUGUAGCUGAAUUACCAGAUGCUCGAAUGCCGGGUUCACAGUUCACGCAAAACGCUUUGGAACAUUACUUGUCAGACUUGGUAGCAGAUGAGCAGAGAAUGAUGGAAAGUAGUCCUUGUACGGGUUUGGCGCAUGGUUAUUGCGAAACAAAGUCUGGUUGUGUGAAUCUCUCAGUUUCUCCAAAAUCUGGUGAGACUGAGAAGAAAAUGUGUUCUACAGACUUACUACAGUUUUUGGAGCAACGCAUUGAAAAUGCUUUGAGGAAUAUGAAGUCUCUGGACUCAAAACCAUACCCUUAUCAUAGUACACAAAAUCGGAUGCGCCCCAAUAGAAGUGCUUCCUUAAAUCCAGUUUGUGAACCUCGAGUAAAAGGUGUUGAGUCACCAUCAAUGGCUGGGAACCUCUUUCAAAAUCAACCGACGUUUGAAAAUAAUGAUUCACAACAGGUUUAUUCCUACGAAAACUCUGCUACGCCUCUAAAUAGACAACACAUUAGUUCAUAUUCCGAUGAACGCCCGAGCCAAACUUACACAGAAAGCAAUGUGCUUCAGCAAUUUAAUUUCGAUGAGUUGCAGUAUCUUCUUAAAGCUGUCAGAGAUUUGUUGGUGUUACGCACUUCUUCUGCAUACACAAAUGCUUCACUGGGACAAGAUGGAUCUAAAAUGACUGAACUAGAUAAACCACGAAAGCAUGGUAAAACUGAACGAAAUGAAACAUGUGCGGUGUCAAACAGAGAUGAUCAGAGUAUGUGUACGGAGUCACCAUAUAUAGCUAGAUCAUUAUCAAGCAGUCGUAGUAGCAGUGCUGUGAGAAACAAUCGCUUUGAGACGACGUCAGAAUCUCGAGGCAGCCGGUUGAGUUCCGGAAUAUCUGAAGACGGUAGCCAUUCAAAUGCUGAUUUAAUGCAUCAGCGUCUACCCAUAGGUUUUCAGCAUUUUGAGCGGUAUUUGGAUAGUAAAUUUGGCCCAGAUCAUCCAACUAACAACGCUUUCACAAACAGUUCAGAUGUUCAGUUAAAACCUGAGUCAUGUGCAAAAACAACACAAACGAGUUCAGGACAUUCCCCCUCAUCAUUGUCGGGAAGUUCAUCUGACCACAAUUCACACAUGUUAACUAAACAAAAACCACACAGUUCCAUUCCAAUGAAUUUAGGAACUACUCAAACAGGUAUUAUUACCACCAACAAGGCUGAAGAAACCGUCAAUCGCUCUUCUACAACACUCGUUUCGCAACACCCCAGUAAUUUAAACGAAGCUUCCUGUCCAGUGUAUACGAACUUGCAGUUUGAUUAUUUAGGACAAAGAGAAUGGAAUUUAGAUGAAAAACUAACAAUGACUAGUGAAUCUUGUACUUCAACAUCUAACCAACCUGGUUUGGUCACACAUCCACAUAACAGUGGAUACGUAUCUGUUCCCCUCAUAAAUCACUCAACCUCUUCUCCUACUGGAAACGCAGAUGGCAAUACUAAUCAUAUGAAUUACUGCAUAGAGUCAAAUAACAUUUAUGCUCCCGAUCUUCAACAGGGACAAGCAACUUCUUGGCCACCGAAUUGGUAUCAGUGGUACAUUUCUUCUCAUAUGUUUCCACAAAGGCAUCCAUCAUAUUCACAAUUUCCCUAUCACCAUUACUAUUACCCACACCUGAAACAACAACAACAAUUCGGUCUUGAUCAUACAGUUUUUUCACAACGUAUGAAUCGUUUAGUCACACCUUUAUCUUAUGUAAUGAAUUCUCCUCCAAACUAUUCGCCAUCGGGGCAUUUUUGCUGUAUGGAUCCAAACCAUGGACACGUAUACGAAGGCAAUUGUACAUCCCCUUUGACUGAAAGUUGCCAUUUCCUCUCCUAUGAUCCACAGACUACAGAAAACCCACUACAAGCGACAGCAGCCGGUGGUCUAUGCUCAUGUGCAAAUCCUGAUGGAAUCAAACGAUUUGCUAAUAUAAACUACACCUAUUCGGAUAGAAUCCCAACAAAUUCUUAUGCAGCUUAUAGACCAUCAGGUGUGUAUUCACCUCCACCUGGUUAUCCUUGGUUUCCUUGCAUGAACGCUGUUCGCUGGGAUCCAUUUUCUUAUAAUAACAACACUAACCUAGAAAACUACAAUUGGAAUGCUUAUUUUCAACGUCCGACUUAUGGACGAUUUACGAAUUGUAUGCCUCGUUCUGGUAGUGCAAAUGCUGGCUUUACAUAUUCGUCUGAAACAGAUAAUUUAACAAGUCAUACAUCUGAACGUGGAGCAGCUUCAGAAAUUGAUAGAUUUAAACAAAAUAGCAAUCGUUGUGAGCAUUAUUAUGCAAUUAAUCCAAGUAACCAGGUAUUUAUACUGUCAGAUCAAACAAAUGAUGCACAAAGCUUCUUUCAUCACAAUAAUAAUAAUGGUAACAACGUUUUACAGUCACCGGCUUUACGCUCAAUGACUAAUUCGUUUAGUGCCAAUGAUUUAGCCGCUUAUCAUAAUCAAAGUAGAAUAGGAAUGAGAUAUACUAAGUCAAGUUUUGAUUUAGCUCCAGAAUUACCCGUUGAACCGGGAUUAGCUUUAAUGGAUCAUUCUAAUUUCUAUUCAAAAAUUUCAUCAUUAAUUGAAAUGGACAACAAUAGUCGUUUGAUUUUACCAAAUGGAUGGUCUGAAAGACGAUCAGGUCUUGGUCGAUCAUAUUAUACAUGUGAUUCAACCAGACGAUCCACAUGGAAUCAUCCACUUAUUGGACCGUAUGUACCACUGGGAUGGGAACGUGUUGAUUCAAGUCAGUCAGGUGUUUACUAUCAAAAGUAAAUAUUGAAAAAUUUACCAUUAUUAAUAUUAAUAAUUAUUACCUUACUAUGUUCUACUUUUAUUUGUUUAUUCCUGGAUUAGUAUAUAAAAAUCUAUCCUUUUUAGUGGCUUUUUUAAUGUCCAGUAAACAGACAACUACAUAUCUACAAAUUUAUGCUGUGUGGUGUUAAGCAUUGUUCUUAUCGAGCAGAUAUACACGAGUGUAUCAAGUUUGGGGAAUUUUUAUUACAGGGGCCUUAUAAAGGUUACUAAAAUUUUAUAGUUUACAUCACUGAUUGUUCCCAGUCAGACAACCAUUGAAAAUUAAAAAAACACUGAACAGCUGUUUAGUCCUAGUAUGGAACUUCUCAGUAGUAAGCAUCCCUACCGAGGACUGAACACAGGACUUUUAGGUUUCGCUUUGAGAGCUUUACCUUUAGACCACUGACCUGACAUCCAAAGGUGCAUAUACCUAACUUCAAUUAAUCCUCGAUAUUGAGAAAUUUAUUUCUAGUCUCCAAAUAUAUGAAAUACUCAUACUCAUCGUUUACAUCGGGCGAUAAUAUAUACUAGAAUUUGUCUUAUUUGCCCAUCAUUUCUUUCAAUUUAUUUAAUCUCUCAAACUACUUUCAGUCAAACGAUUAUAUACACCUUAUGUUUAGUCUUGAAAUGCAGGGAAAUCCAUUGUUCUGAUGUUGAUGCUAAAAGAGCACAACGUUGUUGAUAAUUUAUAUGGAAGAGAAAUUUAAUUAUUCGGAAAAUGUUUCUCUUUCGACCAGUAUUUGACUUUUUUACCAUUAGGUAUUGAAACAAAUACCGAACUAUCUUAUCAUACCAGUAAGAGGUUUUUAGACGUGAGAUCCAUGACAAAUUGUCAACAUAUACUGAAAGUUUCUUAUGUCAAUACAGCAUUGAAUUAAUUGCAGUGUAAAUUUUUUCUUGAAUAUCUAGUCUACUAAUGCAUUCUCAGAUUUGGAUCUUAACUAAUUAAGGUCAAAUGGAGUUUUCUAGUACAUUGGGCGGAUGUCUGCUGUCUCAAUAUAAUUUAAAACAUUACCUGGAUCUGUAUUUGAUCGUCUGAUGGCAAAAUGGUCAACUAAAUAAAAUAAUCUCUCAUGAAAUAACCACCUCUUUGAAGUUGCUUAGAACCAUAUUAUGCUACAUUUCCUUUUUGAAUCAGUUGUUUGGUAACGCUUAUGAACUUCGCAAUUCCCUACUUCAUUAGUAUAACUUCAGCAAAUUCAUACUGAUAAAUCACAUCAAUAAAAGUUGCUAACUAUCAAUCCACUUCUUGUACCUUAAUACUAUAUAAGUCUGUUUUGGAAAUCAUAUAUAAAGUGUAUCAAAGUGUUUUGCAAGAACGAACUAAUAGAAAUAAAAUAUAUUUUAUUUUAUUUGGAACGUAAAAGCUAAAACAGUGCAUCAAAAUGAAGAAAAUCCAACAAAAGUAGUCAAAUACAAUAAUGCAAAACCUUUUACAAAAUACAUCGAUUUGAUUCAGAUAAUGAACCGAUUGGUGUUAGACCACCAUUGAAAACCUGGAAGUACUGGACGUCCGCUUCAUCCUAGUAUGGAACUCAACAGUGUGCAUCCACGGUCCCGCUCGCGGGAUUCGAACCUAGGACCCUCGGUCUUGCGCGCGAACGCUUAAUCUACAGACCACUGAGCCGGCAUCCAACGAUGUUAAUGUCUAACCUCAACCAAUCCACGAAAUCGCACGACCGUCUUCCAUUGUACCUAGGGAGAUACUUGUCUCUACCCGACACGGAUUAGCUCGACUGGUCACGGCGUGAAUCGUGGAUGUGGACUUCGGAGGAGUCCCACAAUAAGAUGAAACGGCCAGCCAGUGCUUCCAGGUUUUCGAUGAUGGUCUAACAUCAACCGUUUUAAGAUCUCAAUAAGAAACUUAAUACUCUCCACAAUCCCAUACUGAUACAUUUGGUUAACCUUGGCGAAUUUCUUUACGUAAAGCUCAUAGUUAUUGUCAGUAAAUUCUGUUAAUCAUAAUCUCUACAUUAUUUCUGGUUGUGUGCUAUAUUUACACAUACACAGGGAAAGAAUAAUUUGUCUAGUUUCUAUUCCAUAAUAUAGACAAUAUUUGUUUGUAAUCAAUGUAUGAAUAAAUACCUGAUUAUUUUUAUUUUAUUUUUGUUGACAGGUGACACGAUAUUUUGAUAAUUAAAAGGAAUAUCAAAAAUGCUUAUAACAGUGUGAAAUAAAUUACGAAUAAAAAUGAUAUUAAAACAUGUAUGCAUUAAUUGAUGUCUAAUAAGUUGAAAAUCCGUUGUGCCUCUAUAGAAAUUAAGCCUUCACUAUCUUCUCUCAUCACAGUCCUACCACAAUCCACUUAACACUAAAUACUUUUUGGUGCAAAGUAUUACAGAUUAUAUCUGCUUAUCUUUCAGUUUCCUCUGAAAACCAGCUUCAUAUUAAGACAUUGGUGAAUACUGAUUAAUUUUUCUGUUACCAUCUCUAAAUAUCAGGUGAACUUUAACUAUGCUAUACGGUGUUUUUCUAUCAUCACAAUUUACAGGAACUGUAAUGAUAAAUUUUUGAACAUUUACCUUUUCAUCAUAUGAUACUCUCCUAAUGUAUAUGGAACAUAGACAACGAAUCCAGAAAGAAAACUACUACUACUACUACUAGUACUACUACUUUCAUUACUUUGUACCCUUAACUAAGUAAAAUAUAUAAUGUUAAUUAAAUUAUUUAUCAUAUAGUAAAAGCUUAAAUUGAUGAAUUCUAAUUCCCAUAUUUUCAUUCUAUUUUCCCUAAUUUAUUUAUAUCAGAUGAUUUCAUACGUAAUGUAGUGUUACUUUUAGGAAAAAGUGAGAGAUAAUUCAGUAUCAUAGUCUAAUAUUUGAAUAAAGGCCACUUUGAAUUUUCUUCUGCUUUAAAUCACACUCAUAAAUUUUCAAUAUAUUUUUACUGUGUAUUUUUUUUAGUUUACUUAUUCCUCACUGUCAACGUCAUCAUCCCAACCUCUGGAUUAAUGCUCCUUUAAAAGAUCCUGAAGUAGAACGUAAAAGUUUCUUUACCGAUCUACGUAAACUACAAUUAUCCCUACGGCAUAAUUUGCUUGCUUGCCAUAGUGAAGUGGGUGCAUAUAAAAAUGCUAACUCAGAACAAGAACAAUACUUUAUAAGCCGAUUUCGAUAUUUGAAAUUAGAGUCCCUAAUGGGAAUGAUUUAUGGUUUAGAUCAACUGUUCUACCAAGAUCUUCAUGCUUUGGUGGUAUCCUUCGAACAAGAAAGAAUGUCAGUAGUUUCUCAUAUGUUUGCGAUUCGACCGCCAGAGAAAACCUUCCCUCAGUUUACAGAUCCUUAACUUAACCCUCAUUUAUACGUUAAUCCUUUAAAAUUUGUUAAAGUGUUUGAUUUCUCAUUCAUUCACUUUUGUAUAGAAAUCUGUGUACUAUUUAAUUCUCAACAAAUACACUAAUUAUGGACUCUUUGUAAGAAUAUUCACGAGCUUCAAGUAUUUAAACUUUCAUGUUGAAUAACCGGUUAGUUAUAUUAUAGUGAGAUGAAACUUUUAGUCAAACAUUGAAUAUCUGCUUAAAGUUUCAAAUAUAUUCGAUACUCCUAUCAUAAUUUCUUAAUUUUGUGUUGGAAACAAUUAUCAGUGGUUAAUUGUAUUCCUCAUGAUUUAUUUCAUCUUAACUUUUCCCUGCAUCUCAGAUUUUAAGUUUAUCAUUCUUAUGAAGGACUUUCCUGCCAAAUCUAAAAGUUACGAAGUUAUUUCAUUUCCACUGGUCACCAGAAAUUAUAUUGGUACUGAUAUACCAUGAUUUUCAAAAAAUGUUCAUCAUAGUUCGUCUUCAAGUGGCACCAGUAUGC